CAGGUACAUUGAAUACCGUGUUAUUUUUGUGCUGGCGUCGCUUUUACUCAUACUGAAAGUGAAAGAAGGAACAGGGCUGGAUAACAUAACCGUCCUUGUCGAGUUGUCAGUUAAACGAUCUUUUACCACCAAGAGACGUCGCCUUGUAGAGGAGCGUGUAAGGUAAACUAACAUGGCCUCAAUCGGUAUCCUCCUUUUUUUCACUGCCAUCUACAUCAGAACAGGAAAUACAAACGCAGGUUUUGUAAAUGUGAAAUGCCAGGCUGAAAAGGUGGGGCAGUAUGGCCAGCAGUCACUGCUGCAGUGUGUUGUCGAAACCACACAAGACGUGGUAAACCCAGAAAUCCGGGUGGUCACUUGGAAGAAGGAGGGUCGUCCCUUACUGGUUUUUCAUGGAGAGAAAAAUAAACCCCAGCCAGGCUAUUCUUUUGCUGAGCCAUCCUGGAAUAAAAGAAACAUGAACGUAUCCCUGCUCAUCACCAACACUGCUGUAGAGCACGAGGGAGUUUAUAAAUGUACGGUGAUGACAGACAGCGGCGACGGCGAGGGCAGCACCAGCCUUAAGGUCACAGCCAAAUACAACAAACCAACUAUCCACUCCAACCCUGAGAAAAUAACUCUUAAUACAGAUGUUACCCUGAUGUGCAAUUCUGAUGGUGGCUACCCAAAAGGUCAACUUCGCUGGUUUGAUGAGCACAACACAGAGUGGACAAAAAGCUCUGAAAUGGAGGCGAAGCAGACAGAAAGUGGUCUGUUUAACCUCUGUAGCAAGCUGUCUUUGCUGAAAGGAUCCAUUUUCACCAAAUACACCUGCAAAGUGUUCAAUGCCAGUGGAGACAAAGAGGAAGAGGCCACAUUUGAAGUACAAAAUCCCACACCAGAUCAUUAUACGGGGGAAGAGUUGGGUCCAGCCUCCAAAAUAUUCGCUCCUGUGGUGGUCAUCGGAUCUCUGAUCGUAGGGUUGCUGUUGGCGCUGCUGAUCUAUAGAAGGCGAUCUCAACAGGCGCGGAGACACUCCACAACACCCCUUAUGAGUGACCAUCGUGAGCUCCCUAUAUGCGAUUACGAUGACGGUGAUCAUCAGGAGAGGGAUAAAACAUGCCAAGUCAGCCCGGUCUGAGGAGACACUGCAUGUCACAUGACACAUGCUAACAUACUGGCAACUUCUGAAAGCAACACUUCCUUGUUUGUUAAUCUCCACUCUAUCUUUUGUACUUUCCCUAUUACAAACGACUGUGUGUAUAUAACCAGGAAUAACUUGUACUACUGUGAUUAAUCUGAGGAACUGUAAGCGCUUCAUUCACCUCAACUUUCUAAGAAAAAUCUGAAGAAAGAUCUCUGAUUUUGAAUCAGUGUUGAUGGACAACUAGAAGGCAGGGGGUCCUGUUCAGGCCAUGUGACCUUUUAAACUUUGACAACCACAUCGGGAGCUCAGUGUAACAUCACCGAAAACCACCUUAGUGAAUUUAGGAGGGCAGCAGAUCUUUGAUAUGUAUUGGUUAUUGGA